CUUAAACAGGAAUGGGAGGUAUCCUGAUAAUUCCAUUUUUGCAGAUACGGAGUUUCUCCAUUAGCUGUCGAGGGUUUUCGAGGCAGGCAGAGCAAGAGGGAUGGCGAGGGCUCUCGGAAGACCGCUGGGGAAGUGCAGAUUCUACUCUCUAACACCUUCCUCCUCUUUCUGCACUGAGGGCGACGGAUUUCAGAGUUCUCGCGUUAAGAUAUUCGAUCGGGAUCUCAAGCGAAAGCAGAGGGAUCGAGCUGCGUGGUUGAUGAAGGGAAAAGACGAGUUUGUCGACUCCGUCGCCGAAAACCUUCUGGAUCGCCUCCAUGAUUGCAGAAAGACUUUUCCUACGUCACUGUGUCUUGGAGGUUCUUUAGAGGCAGUUAGGCGCCUUUUACAUGGGCGUGGUGGCAUUGAGAAGUUGAUCAUGAUGGACAUGUCAUUUGAUAUGAUUAAAGCAUUAAAAGAUACGGAUGACAAAUAUUCAAAUGAGAACCUUGAGACUUUCUAUGUUGUUGGAGAUGAAGAGUUCCUGCCAAUGAAAGCGAAUUCUGUGGAUUUGAUAGUAAGUUGUCUUGGACUUCAUUGGACCAAUGAUCUCCUGGGAGCCAUGAUACAAUCCAGAUUGGCUUUGAAACCUGAUGGUCUAUUUCUUGCGUCUAUCCUUGGUGGAGAAACUUUAAAGGAAUUACGAAUAGCAUGUACCAUUGCUCAAAUGGAGCGUGAGGGAGGUAUCAGUCCUCGUUUAUCACCUUUGGCACAAGUCCGGGAUGCUGGAAAUCUUCUGACAAGGGCUGGCUUCACUCUCCCAGGCGUUGAUGUGGAUGGAUAUACUGUGAAAUACGAUAGUGCUUUGGAGCUCAUUGAACAUUUGAGGUCUAUGGGUGAAACAAAUGCCCUUUUACAGAGGAACCAUAUCCUAAAAAGGGACACAGCUUUAGCGACUGCCGCCGUGUAUCAAUCAAUGUUUGGCCAUGAGGACGGAACUGUUCCGGCUACAUUUCAGGUUAUGUACAUGACUGGUUGGAAGGAACAUCCUUCACAACAGAAGGCCAAGAGGAGGGGCUCUGCUACCGCAUCAUUUCAGGAUAUUCAGCGACAAUUUGGUAAUAACAGUAGCUGAUCUUUGAAUGUAAG